AUGGUUCCUGCACAAAAAGUGGGAAGUAUUAUUGGACGAAAAGGCGAAUUCAUCAAGAAAAUGUGUGAGGAGACAGGGGCCCGCAUCAAGAUUCUUGAUGCUCCACCAGGAAUAAUAACAGAAAGAGCUGGACUUACGAGACAACCUUGUUGUCUUGUCUGGAAUGCUUGUCACAUAUCUCAAUGUGUUGGUAGAAAACUUUUUGUUGGAGGCAUUGCUUGGGAGACUUCAGAAGAAUCCUUUAGCAGUAACUUCAGCCAUUAUGGGGAACUUAUGGAUUCUGUGAUAAUGAUGGAUAAAAUUUCUGGGAGACCACGUGGAUUUGGGUUUGUAACAUUUGCUGAUCCUACUGAUGCAGAUAAAGUCUUGGAGCAAGAUCAUGUCAUAGAUGGUAGACUAGUUGAAGUGAAGUGGACAGUUCCAAGAGAGGAUAUGCUGGGUAGUAGAGGUGUAUCAAGAACAAAGAAAAUCUUUGUUGGUGUUAUACCAUUUUCUUUUCGUGUUUUAUUAAAAGUAUGGGCUGUAUUGAAGAUUGGAUUCUUGGAAAAAGGUAUGUUACUACAUGUGUAUUAA